AUGCCUGGCAGAUAUCUGGCCGAGUUGAAGAGGAGAUCUGGCGAUGAUGGUGAAAUUUCACGCCCCAAGCGCGCCCGCCAUGUGCCGUCACAAGAAACUGAUGGCUUGCUGCCACGAGCUCCGACAGAUUGCUCAGACGAACCUGGUCGCCUUGAAGAAGUUUCCCGUGAUACUCUCAAUGGCAACAAGAGUACUCAGUCCGUACCUCCUAUUGUAAAUCCCUUGGCUAGCGGUCUCGCCGAGUUUGUAACGGAUAACAACGGCAGAAAAUGCUUCCUUGGGCCUUCCUCAACUUGGGCUUAUAGUCAGCAAGUCAUGCAGAUGAUUAAGCGACACUUGCCUGAUGGCGAAACAAGGAAAGUUCCCUUUAACCCAGACGGCUCCGCCUUUGUCAUAGAGUCCCCGGCCAUCAAGCCCACUGGACCUCUGACUAUGCAGCAACUCCCGUCACUAGACUUUGGCUUGUAUUUAGUAAAUGCAGUCAAGUUUCGCCUGGGUCAGCUUUAUCAUGUGUUUGAUGAGCAAACCUUCAUGCCCAAGCUGUAUGAUUUCUAUUCAAACGGUGGUCCGAGCCGCGAGCCUCUACUCGAAGAUAGGCUUUGGUACGUACAAUACCUAACAAUCACGGGAAUUGGCCAUGCCCUCCUUUUCGAGUUCAUUGAGGAGAAGCCAGCUGGUUUCGUUCUCAUCGCUAGAGCCCUCGAGCUUCUUCCGGAUAUAUUGCGCCUCUACCAAGAUCCCUUAUUAUCAAUCGAGAUUCUUUGUGGCUUGGCACUAUAUCUUCAGUGUAUGGACCAUCGUAACAGUGCCUAUGCCCAUAUAGGGCUGGCCCUACGCCUAGCUCUAAGCAAAGGAUUGCAUCGUGAGAUGGCAUCUGUUGAUAUGAACCAUGCUGAAACUCGGCGCCGCCAAGCUAUCUGGUGGACCGUCUAUAUCCUAGAUCGAAAAUUUUCAUCUUUAAUGGGAGCACCGACCUCUAUACACGACGAGGACGUGACAGUCCCUCUUCCUGGACCUGUCAAUUCACACGCCGUCAAAGGCCUAAGUGUACAUGUUGCAGUAUCCAGGCUACUUGCCCAGGUCGUCAACUCUAUAUAUGGUGUGGAUGGCAAAGUUGGCCCAUCGUUUCUGAGAAAUAUGCAGGGGGUGCUGCGAAGUAUGGCAGCUCUCGUACCCGAACUGGAACGAGCUUUUGAAAUUAAACUCGAUAGCUCCAGGCCAAUAUCGCGUGUUGCUGCGACCCUCAAUCUGUAUUAUCACCAGUGCAUCGUACUUGCGACGCGGCCACUACUCAUGUGUCUUUUGCGAAAUUUUCUCGAACAGAGAAACUCGGAGAAAGUUUCACGGAAGGAGGUCACAGAGCCAAUUAAAGCACUUCUCAAAGCCUCGCGGGACUCGGCCACAAAGUCUCUCGCUAUUUUAGCCGUUCUGCAGUCUCAGCAGCUUCUAGACGUCUUUGUGCCUUUUGACUUAGAAAGCACCUUUUCUUGCGCAUUCGUGCUGUCUCUCAUGUCCACACUACCUUCAAUUCCUGCACAGGACAUAUUUUAUGUUGAUAAAAGCUUUGCAAUACUCAACUACAUGAUACAACGGGGCAAUCGCGUCGCUGAAUAUCGGAAAGGCGAACUGGAAAACCUUUUUGGAUUUCUAGAAGCGCUGCGAAACAGUACCGAUCAGGUGAAUCAUGCGGAGUCUAGCGACAAUACUGCCGAGUCUAUGCAGACACCUGGUAUCAGUAUAGCCAGAACGAACGAUGCAUUGAUGCACCCACCAGAGUCAAACAUGGGCGCGCUAGAAAGCACUCUGGGGCCUUUGAAUGGACUCUCCCCAGAUACGAUGCUUUUGAUAGCAGGCCUUCUUGAUUGGGAGCCGACGGAUGAUCUCUUCCAGUACCCUCUCUCUACUGAGUGGCUGUGGGCGGAGCCUCAAGUCCUGCACUAUACAGCUGAUGCUGCCACCAAAACUACAGAAGGUGCUUCUGGGAACAGCUGA